ACGGAGUGAGACGUCUUCACUGGUAUCCGUUAUACGCAUGCGCAGACACAGAUCGUUUGUGAUGUGGUUCUCCCGUCGCCUCUCUCUUCAGGUCUUCAGCCGCGCCGCUGAAGCCCCGCCCCUUUGGGAGAAUUUCGCGGCAAAAUCAAGCGUUGACACACGAAGAGCCAGCAGCAGCAGCGGCACUAAGAACAGUAGAGCCAUGCCGUCCAACGUGGAGAUCAAAGCCACAGUGAGCGACCCGACGCUGUUCGCCAAGAUGGCCGCCGAGCUCAGCCAAUCAGAGGGCUCCAUCAUCAGACAGCAUGACACGUUCUUCAACUGCAGCACAGGACGACUGAAGCUCCGAGACCUCAUGAACAAGUCGGGUCAGCUGAUCUUCUACGAGCGUCCCGACACCGACGGACCCAAACUGUCCCGUUACUCCAUCAGUCCGACCAGCGACCCGCCCAGCCUCCGGGCCGUGCUGUCAGACGCCCUCGGGGUUAAAGGUGAGGUGAGGAAGGAGCGGCGGCUGUUUCUGAUUGGUCAGACCAGAGUUCACCUGGACAACGUGGAGGGACUGGGAAACUUCAUGGAGCUGGAGGUGGUGAUGCGUCCGGAGCAGACUGUUGAGGACGGACAGAAGGUGGCCGAGGAUCUGAUGGAGAAGCUGUGCGUCUCAAAGGAGAGUCUGGUGACGGGAGCGUACAUGGACCUGUUACUGAAGGGACACAAAGAGACGUAAAACAAGCGCACACCUGGAGAAAAACCUGCAUAACUGAACUCCUCAGUACUGUCAAACAGUAAUGAAAGUAGAGGUAUCAGAAUACUCUGUAGUAAUAGUACUGUGAUCAGAAUACUGAUUUAAAAUAGAAACGUUGUAUUUUAGUUCUUUGACUGAUUAAUUAAUAUGAAUAAAGACUUUUUCUAAAUAAAGGAACU